AUGGACCAUGGAUGUGUUGCCGAAUUUGCUCCACCACACGAAUUGCUCUCAAAUCCCCAUUCAGCGUUCUCAAAACUGGUCGACGAAACUGGUGCCAAUGCUCAGCUCCUUCGACAGCUUGCAAAAGACUCGGCCACUAAAUCUGCCAUUUUAGCUGAAACCAGAGCCCAAAACAACACGGCAUCAGCGUCUGUUCAGCAAGCUCUCGUAUCAUCUGGAGCUGUUUCUUCACUUGUCAACAUCUCAUAA